CCUGCUACUUGGCUUCCCUGCUGCGUUGAGCAGACAUUUAUCUUGCUCCCACACCGUUCUUGCGUUUUGCAUCAUCCCUCCGCUGCUUCUUGUAGGUUUGUGAGUGCAAUCCAGAGUCGCAGUUAGUCACCAAGAUGGAGAAAAUGUUUGGGCCUGCGUACACCGGCGAUCCUGGAGUGCCCCACUCGGACAAGGAGGCUUUUGGUUCCAUUUUCUGGGGCUCCGUGGCUUUCUCCGCGUACUCAAUCGCCUGCCCUUACUACUGGGAGCAGUGCAACAAUAUGUUCAACUGGCACGACCUCGCUAUGGUGCAUGAGCAGCAUCACUGGAAGCGCGCGCAGAAAAAGGGGAAGGACUAUGAAUUCAAGUGGAAUAAGAUAUUGAACAAGACGCAGCGCGAAUCGUACUACCACAACUGGGCAGAUUACUUCCCUUAAACAUGGAUUAGUGUUAAAUGUUAGGAUAGUGGCUGAUGAUCUGCCAAAGUGCUGAAAUGGAAUACCUGUAUGUAGGGCUUUACCCUGAUUAUGCACAAGAAGCUCAUUCAAUUGGUUCGUAUUCACCCGUAUCUAUUAAUGAAUGGGCUCUUUCUGUAGGUUUUAUUUUUCUUUUGAA